GAUCAAACAUGGAUGAAGAGAAAAUUGUGUUAAUUGGAAAUGAAUCAGAUCUCCUACACUGUGGAUACAAUUUUGCACUUAGAGCUGGCGGAAAAAGAUAUCCCAGUGCCGCUCACUACACUCAUUAUCAAAUUCUUAUGUCUUUAAAUCUACCCGAAACGGCAGUUGAAGAACUUUUAUGUACGAACAGUUGCGAUGUUCACCAAAAAGCGCUUGUUAUUCUCCAAGAAAAUAUGCCAGACGGCCAUACAAUAAAUUCAUUGGCAGCAUAUCUCUCAGAAAGUCUUCGUUCAUAUUCAAUUCAUGCACUGCAACUCCGAGCAGAAAGUGAUAAAGACUUCGAAAAGACUCUUAUGAAGACCAAUGAAGCCCUCUUGAUUGUCUGUGAUGAGAAAAACCCUCAACUUGGUAUAGGAAUGAACGAUAAAACGUUCAUGGAGUGGAUGGCCAAAGAAAAGGCAGAUUCGAGACAAAUAUCCUACUGGAUGAAAAAUGAGCACACUAAACCAGCUGAUUUGGGUCAAAAUAAACUAGGACAAUAUUUAAUGUGGCUGAGGUUUGAGAUUCGAGAAAGGAAGAAGCAAGGGAUAUUGACACGUCCUGUAGUGGAAGUAGCCGGAUUAUCGACUGAUAAAGAUGAUGAACCAAUUAUGAUUUCAAUUAAUGAUCUUGUAAUAAGUUUGGAGGGUAUAUUCCGACCACUUUCAAACUAUUACGCGUUUCCGUUUGAAAUGAAACGAGAAAGAUAUCGAUCUGUAGAGCAUUACGCAUAUGAGAAGCUUUUUAAUUCGCUGAAACUUGACGAGAAAGCAAUUGAGAAAAUUCAAACAACACCUGCUCCUCUGAACGUCCCUGUCGUUGCAUCUAAACUACUGAGAAAGUUGGAAAUAAAUCCUGAAACGAUAGCUGAAAAAACUUCAAAGAUGGAUCGUUGGCGUCAAUCUGCAAUGAAGCAUAAGAUUUACCACAAUGAGUAUCUCCAACAACUUCUACUUUCAACUGGAUCAGCUAUUCUCAUUGAUUCUUCUCUUGGUGACCCUCUAUGGACAUGUGGAGCAACUGAAGUUGAGCUGCAGCACCUUCUCACAAAAUCGUACGUGACGCCGGAAAAAUUAGUGGGAUGGAUGUUGGAUGGAGAGGAGACUAAUACACCAAAAAGCGUCCGUCAUUUGUACGGAAACAAGUCAGGAUUAUUACUCAUGGAGCUCAGAGAAAAGCUUUCACUACAAACAACAAGUAGAAUACCUUUAGUUAAGCUUUCCAAAAUGAAUCUCAACCCAUUAAGCGGAAUAGUCACACCCAACGUGAUCUGUUUCACUCCAGAGUCGGUUUUCCAUCCACUUUAUCCUGCGGAAAUCAGAUGUUCCGCUGAUGGUCCACCUUUGCCUUCUCCAGUUCACUAUGUUGCUACUCAAGCUGCAAAAUUUCUGAGUAUGAACCAAGAAGAUACCGAAUACAUCCUUGAAGGACCAUCUUCAAUUCAAUGUUGGUCACGUCUUCAUGAAGUCAUCGAAUCUCGUGGACGUGGCCUCGAAUUGGAACAAACUUGGUGGAUGGAUAAACGAAUGCAAUUUAUUAAAGAAUCACUACAGCUGCUUUUAGAGCAACAUCCUGCACUUUUACGAGCUCUUUUAGACACGGGAGAUUCAAUGCUCGUUUAUUGUUCACGGUUCUCAUCGAUGGAUGCAGAAUUAAGUAUGGGAAUGCGAGAAAUGGAUUUCAGAUAUUGGCUACAAGAAGUUGAUCUCACAACAAAACAACUUAUCGAAUUGUGUACUCGACCAAUGGCCUUCAGACCUCCUUAUAUUGGUGGAAAUCGUCUCGGAAUGAUUCUCAUGGAACUGCGUAGAGAAUUUGUACUUCAAGGCGUUUUUCCUCAACAAUUGCCUGAACUUCAACUCACUGCUGAUUCUAUUUUGGGCUCAAACUCACCAACGGAAAAUUUCAUGACAUCUGAAUAUUUUGAUAUUCUUCAACCCUGGAAUUAUACAGCCUUGUGGAUUAAUCCACUUUUCCUGCUCGCUAAAGAUGGAAAUCAAGAAGCAAUGGCUCAAUGUACGCGAAUCAAGACAGCACCACGCAUGGUCACUAUAGACGAUGAAAAAGUUACUGAUAUUGUGGAGAAUUUAGUAAACGACGAGACACAAGAGGAAGCGCUGAAUAGCAUUGCUCCAGAGGAUUUGAGAGCAGUUUUUAUGAAGCUUUGUGCAAGAUUGCGAGGAAAGAUUGAAACACUUGAUCGACAAUCGAUGGAGUUAUCCAUGGUGGCUAUGGAGACUCAUCGUCUUCAAUCAAUCCGUCGAAGUUUGGCAGACACCGCUGAAAGAGCUGAAACAGAGGGACCAUCAUCGUCGACAGGACCAUCGAUAUCCGCUCCCCCAAUUCCUUCAAGGCCAGGACAUUCCAAUUAUCGAAUGGCUGCAGGACGGGAAAGAGAUAGAGAAGAAGAACGAGAAAAAGAUAGAGAACGACUUCAAUCUCAAUUAUCAACGAGUUCUUCUGGACCACAAGGGUCCGCAUCAAGAAAAGAACGUAUGGAGUAUAAAAUACCAACGACAUCUAGAAGGAAAUUUGGAAAAGAUAGGGAUCGUUUGCCAGAGAAGUCGUCUUCUGAUAGAGGAAGAGAUAAACACCUCGACACUCCCACCAAAAAACGUGUAAACCAGUCUCCUCCAUCGCGGAAAGCAGCUCCAUCGCCUGCUAAAAAGCCAGCCAUAUCCACGUCAACACCAGCGGUCGUUGUUCCUCCGAAGCCAAAGCGAGAUCCCGAAGAGGAGUUAUCAGACGGCGAGAUUCUAUCAACUGACGAGGAGGAUAAUUAAAUUAAUUUUUUACUUCACGUUUUCGUUAUUAAAAUUUUCAGAAUUUAUUCAUUCAUUUUUGUUGCUGUUUCAUUUGAAUAACACAGCAAGAUUUUGAGGCCAGAAAGGAUCUCUUGUUUAACAAAAAUAAAUUUUUUG